AAAUAUUGUUGAACAUUUUUUAAAAAUCUAGGCACGCUUUUGUAUUACCGGCGAGGAACUCGCGCCAGGACAGACACGCGGCACUGAACUUCGCGGGGGAGGGACGAAAGGAGGAGGGAUGUGUCAGUACUUAUAGGGUCCGCCUCCCAAACGACCACUUUCUCCCCCGCACUUUGGAUUGGGGUUGCCGCGGGGCGCUGCAAGGCCGGUUACCAGAGCGGGUCGUUCAGCCGGAACAGCCCCUGCCCACCCCACGCCGCUUAGGUCCGCGCUGCCUUCCCUUGUCUACAUUCGUGCUUCAAGUAAAUCCCGAAAAGUCACGGAUGAAUGAGGCACUGACGGAUGUUAGGGGCGCGCGGGGAUACCGCAGGAGGCCCACAUCCCAGGCCGCCGGCCCGCUCUCGGAGGGCCGCUCGGGGCGCAGGCCUCCUGGCUGGGCUCCGCGUGGGGUCGCGACCCCGGAGGGCUCCGCUGGCCCCUAAGCGCCUUCCUCCGGACGUCUGUUCUCUCCCCUCCUCCUUCUAUUUCCCACAAUCCUUCCCGCCACAGUUUUUGCCGCCAUAGCUCCCAAACUUCCAUGUCCCAGGUACCCUAGGCCCACCUCUCAAGCUGCACCCCGCGUCUAAACUUGAUUACGUCAUCAGCGCGCGCUCAAGACCAGGCCGCCGGCGACGCUGUUUCGUCAAUCGGAGGCACCCAUCUACUAAUCCCCAGGCUUGCCGGGAGCGCAACCUCGUGCCGGAGCCUGGGGCCUGAUUGGUCGUUGCGGCUGGGAGGCGGGUCAAGCGCAAUGAUUGGCAGGGGGUAGUAGCGGCGGCGGCGGAACUGAGGCGGCGCCGCAUCCUCCCACACAGCCACCUUGGGGGUCUCGGGUCAUUUCUCCGGAAGAGCCCCGAUGGCCGGGAACUCGGGGAACCGCUUCCUGGGGAGCAAGAAAAGGAGCCCCGCGCAGCUGCAAGAGCUGCGGCUGCCCCCGGGCCGGGAGCCUCGGGAGCGCGCCCCGGGGGGGUCCCCGCCGAGUAAGCGGUCCAAGAGCCUGGACCUGGCCGAGCUCCAGGAGACGGAAGACUCCUUCGGCUACCACGAAGAGUUCACGGCCGACGACUUGGAGGAAAUCGAUAUCCUGGCGUCCCAGGCUCUGACGCAAGCUCUAGACUGCAAGGGCCUGGCGGCGGCUUCCCCCUCGGGCGCGAGGAGCUCCGGUCAGAGCGCGGGCCGCCCGGAGCUCCCCAGAAAUGACGGCACCACGUGCGCCUUGGAAAUCCCUAAUUUUUCUGAACAAGAUGGAAUGUCCAGAAGUAAAAAUCCUUCAGAGAAAAACAGAGAAAAGAUUCUAGCUAAAGAUAUUUCUGAAUUUGAAAAACUUAAAGCACAACAUGAAAAACUAAAGGAAAAGAUGCAAGCAAUGCAAGAGGAAAUCCUUAUUAAAAAUGGAGAAAUUAAAAUCUUACGAGACUCAUUGCAUCACACAGAGUCCAAUCUAGAAGAAAAGAAACGGUCACAUUUUCUUCUUGAACAGGAAAAAAUUCAGGCCCUUAAUGACAAAGAAAAAGAAUUCUCCAAAAAGCUCCAGUCACUGCAGUCAGAACUUCAGUUUAAAGAUGCUGAGAUGAAUGAAUUGAGGACCAAGCUGCAAAACAGUGGAAAAGCCAGUAAAGCUACCACCACCCUAUCCAUGUCCCAUGUCAGUCCUAGGAAAAGCCCUUCCAGAGUUAUAAAGCCAGACGCUUGCUCUCCACAAAUGGGAAAAUCAUCUUUUCCUACAAAGGAGUCGUUCAAUGCCAACACAUCCCCUCCCCAUCCCUGUCAGUCAUCCACACAUCCCUAUGUCUUGGCUCUAUCCUACAGAGAGGAUAGUAAAACCCACAGUUUGGGAAAUGAAUCUGUAAAACAGGAGGAGACACAAAGAAAUCUUACUUCCAGUUGUAUUCAUCGACCAAACACUCAAGGUUCUGUUUUGAUAAACUUGCUUCUGAAGCAGCCUUUGAUUCCAGGGGUAUCACUAGGUCUGUGUCAUCUUCUGAGCAGUCAUCCUGAAGCCCCUGCUGCUUUCUUUCACCCUCCCAGAUCAGACAGUGCUACAUCAGGAAUGUCAAGCAUCCAGACCACAUGUUCUAGAGAAGGCUCAUUCUCUGCCUCAUCCCUGAGAGAAGCACAGAGCCUGGCUAUCACGGGACUAAACCUAAUUGCCAGGGAUGAAGGUUCAUCUGAUGAAGACCUCAGUGAGGGGAACAAGAGGCCCUCUCAUGUCACUCAGCUCUGCCAGCUCCCGGGGGCUGUGCACCUUCUUCCCCUUGUUAGGUAUUACAUUGGCCUCUACCACCAGACUCUGCAGGCUGUAGCCACAAUGAAAAGGAACAGUUCUGGGGACUCAUCAGCUUGCUCCUCCCGAGUGAGCAGCAGCAGAGAGUCCAGCACAGAGGAUUCCUUGUCAGCUCUAGAAGGGUUCACUGUGGUGGCCCUCAGCAUUCUUCAGCACCUGGUGUGUUACAGUGAAGCUGUUGUUCAAACAUUACUAUCAGGAAGAAGAAGAAGAGAUGCCACUGAUGGAGAGGAUCCUGCCUUAGGAGGGAGCAAGAACUCUGUGUACAAAAUGAGUCGCAAGAAGACAUCAGAAAACCCUGUAGUGGAAGAACAACUGGCAGAGGAUCCAGAGGAGACUGUGAAUAGCCAGGAGCAACAUCCAUUGUUGAAGAUACUCCUUCACUUGUUGUCUUUCUCCUCUGCUCCAGCAGGUCACCUACAAGUUAGAGUCCUGAACCAGUGCCUUAAAGUUUUGGUGAAAUUAGCUGAAAAUUGUGCAUUUGAUUUAUUGCCCAGGUUCCAGUGUGUGCUGAGCAGCCAUGGCUUGCUCCAGUGCCUUUCCUCAACAGCCCAUCUGUCAGCUGUCCUCCUGACUGUUCAUCUUCUGUCUCUUCUUGUUGACCAUGAGAAGUUAGCUCCUCAACUCUGCUCCCAAUCAGAAACCUGUCUUCUCCUCUUGCUAUACAUGUACAUCACUUCAAGGCCAGAUAAAACAGUUGUGGAGACACAGUGGUUUCAGCUGGAACAAGAGACUGUGUGGUUCCUGGCCAAGAUCAUGCAGAGUCCUGACUCUCCUAUCUCCAUUACAGGAUCUGACUGCCAGUGCAGCCUGGAGGUCGUCAAAGCACUCAUAGUGAUGUUACACAGACAAUGGCUGACCAUUCGGAGGUUGGAAGGUCAUGUACAGAUGGGCCAGAGGAAGCAGAUGGUCCGGUGCCUUCGGGACACCUUGUUGUUAUUGCACAGUCUGUCCCAGAGAGACACCCUAUUCCAUGUGCACUGCAUGGAUGUUCUCCACCAGUAUGACCAGGUGAUUCCGGGUAUCCAAGCCCUUCUUCAAGGCCUCCCUGACAAGACAAACUGUGAAGGUGAGAGAAUGAAUCUGUGGACAGGCCAAACUGAAGAAAGUAUCACUAGCCAGGAGACCUCCAGGAAAACCACCUCUUGCUUUGUCUUUCUGAGUCACCAACGGUAACCCCAGAUACAAUCUCCUACUACCUUGCAGCUCCCAAUUCGUCUUUUUGUAAGAUGCUGCCUAGCAGCCCCAACCCCUCCUAUGUCCUAGGCCUGUGGAAUUUUCGUCUAUGUCUAGUUUCCUGAGCCAGUUAUCUGGGACUUACAUCUGCUGCCUGCCUUUACAGCUUGUUCUGACUCAGCAGAGCCUGGGCCCAGAUGUGACCACAAGCCAGGAAUAUUGGAGAGGGGAGGGGAGAGGAAUGGAAGGCUCAGUGGGCAGAGCAGUCUCUGAGGCACUGCCUCAAGGGGCAAAGCAACAGAUGUCAU